AUCCGCAGCGGCGAAUCCGCCUAAUGUGACAUCAGCCAUAGUAGCAACGGGAUUGAUGUGACGGAUACGAGCGAAAGAGGAAGCAGUCAUCACAAUCUGGCGACGAGGAUUUUGGAUUACAACCCGAAGUGCAACAAAUUUAAUAAAAACGAUGCAAGAUUCACGACCAGUUCCACCAUUUCGGUGUGAUCAAAUCGAAACCGGUAAGCUCUCCAAGGAAUGGAAGAUACGGAAGGAAGGACUGGAAUGCUAUUUUGCAGCAUACGAUAUUACCGACCAGUAUGCAAAAAGAGCAAAGCUUCUACACUUGGGUGGACCGGCACAACAAGUCGUUUUCAAGAACCUGAAGGAUUACGAUCAUGUGCCUAUAGUAACAGUAGAUCCAAGGUGGUACGACUGUGCGAUCGAAAAACUUGAUGAAUUUUUCGAACCCCGCCAUCAGAGUACAUCGGGACGCCGUAAGAUUCGUUUAAUGAAACAAAAGACAGGGGAACGCUUCGCUGACUACAUGAUCAGGCUGAAACAGCAGGUUUCACAAUGCGGGUUUGAGAAGUAUGGUGUAGAAGUAAGCUCCAUACUGAGUGACAUUUAUUUGACUGAUGCGGUGGUUGAAGGGUGUAUCUCAAACGAAGUUCGCAGAAGAAUCCUGUUGAAGGACCUGUUUUUUUCUGAAAUCGAAGCGUUAGGAAUCGUGCAGGAGGGUGUAGAUCAGCAAAUAGAUGAGAUUGCGGUCGGUCACCCACCGGAGAAGAUUUUCAAAAUCGAGCAACCAGGACGUUUCAAAGGAAAAUUCGUUUCAAGCACUGCGAUAGCAAUAGGAAAAUCCGGCUUCAACUGUGGCAGGACUGGACAUAUUGUAUCUCCUACUUGUCCUGAUCGCGGGAAGCAAUGCCGUAAUUGCAAGAGCUAUGGACAUUUUGAACGUUUAUGUCGUAAAGCUAAGCUAUCGGUAGGCGUAGACACUAGAAAAGUUGUGAGAGCGGUAGAAGAAAAAUCUAUUGAAACAGAUACCACGAAAAUCAAUCCAGAGAAGAAUGACGCGAAGGUGUAUUAUGCCUUCUAUUCGGGAAACGAAUCGAAUGUUGUUAUGUGCGUGGUUGGCGGUGUUUCUUUGGAAAUGCUGGUUGACUCUGCUGUGGAUGCUAAUUUAAUUAGCGGUAUGAUAUGGCAGAAGCUUAAGGGCGAGCAGGUAAAGGUAUGUUCUUCGACGAAGGGUAGCAAACGGAUCUUACGUGCUUAUGGAAGCUCAGAGCCACUCGUGAUUCUUGAAUCAUUCGUUGCGUAUAUUGCGAUUGUUGACAAACGCAUUCAAGCGGAGUUCUUCGUUGUUGAAGGAGGGCAACGUUGCUUGCUGGGCGACAAGACGGCAAAACAGCUGGGAGUGCUAAAGGUCGGAAUAAAUAUGAACAACGUUGAAGUGUACCCUUUCCCGAAGAUAAAUGGCAUUAGCGCGAAGAUUCGGAUUGACUCGGAAGCAGUUCCUGUUUAUCAACCAACGCGUCGGAUUCCCGUACCACUGGAUGAAGCAGUCGAUAGGAAGCUGGAUGAGAUGCUGAAGCGAGAUAUCAUCGAGAUUAAAACGGGACCUACAACCUGGGUGUCGCCACUGGUUGUAGUUGAGAAAUCAAAUGGCGAGCCUCGAUUAUGCCUAGAUUUGCGGAGGGUUAAUGAGGCUGUGUUGCGAGAACACCACCCUAUGCCAUCAGUUGACGAUUAUUUGGCAAAGCUAGGCCGCGGGCGAAUGUGGAGCAAGCUCGAUAUUAGAGAAGCCUUUCUGCAGAUAGAGUUAGCAGAGGAGCCAGAACCUCCGGAGCCGUUACAGCGGAGUCAGCUACCUAGUUCUCCAUGGCAUACGAUAGCUUUGGAUUUCUUCGGUCCUUUACCGGAAGGACAACACCUGAUGAUAGUGGUGGACUAUUAUAGUCGGUUUCUCGAGGUUUGUGAAAUGGAAACCAUAACGGCACGCGACGUCAUCAGAGAACUGUCCAUUAUGUUCAGUCGAUACGGAAUUCCAUGUUUUGAAGGCAGAUAA